AUGAAAGUAAUAAAGAAUAAGAGCGGAGCAAAGGGUGCUGCUGCUGGACGCCACCAUGCCGAGGCAAUGAGAAUUGAGGAGCUUCGAGCUGUGAUGGAGUGGUCUGAAAAACGCCGUGCAGAAAUGAGGGUCGACACUUCUCUUGAUGACCAUGAUCAUGCAAAAUUGUUGGCGAAACAUCUUGAAAUGGAGGCUUUCUUAUGUAGCGGAUAUACUCUGUGGACCCGGAACUUUGAGCUGUGUAAUCUCCAGUUUCGAGACAUCGUCUUUGACUGUAGUGGUCCCGCACCUCUGUCUCAUCCCUUCUUCUCUGUGUUCCUUGAAAAUCGAAAGGGGUGGCAGAACAAGCAAGGAUGGGAUGGCCCUCUCGAGAGUGAGCCGUUUUACUACAAAUCAAAUCAAAUCAAUGACCGAUUCUCAUCUAUGACUAUAAAAGGUAACACGUACCAUAUCUACAAGCAGGAUUUGACUGAGCUUGACAUGUUUUCUCGACUUCCGGUGUGGGUAGCCCUUCUUGAACAAAAGAUUGGGCGGAAGGUCGAAGAUGAUGACUAUGUCUUCCCUUACAUUGCACCGAACGGCAUCCUCCAUCCAAAGAAAGCGCUCUCCCAUGACCAGGUGCAAUGCCUCCUUACGGAAUUCUGUCAGGGAGCGGGCCUGGUGAAAAACUUCACAACUCAUUGUCUCAGGCGUGGCGGAGCACAAUACAGGUUCAUCCACGCACCAAUCAGGAAGCGGUGGUCCCUCACGAUCAUUCGAUGGUGGGGUGGGUGGGCAGAGGGCGAGCAGGUGAGCCACAAAUUUAUCGGCGUAACGCUACUACAGUUCAAAAGGCUAAAUGUCAGAAUUGCCCAGGUGGAUACAUUAAUGAAAUACCUGAUUGACUCUCUUCAAAGCUACGAGAAGAGUUAUUGUGACAUGCUCUGUCCCACGCGCCUGGAUACGGAGCAGAGUUUCCUGGGCGAACACCAACUUUCUCGGAAUGUAACUCUGGGUGACAUGAAUCUUAUGGGUGAGGCACUGCUGAACGCAAUCAGGGCGCACUCACCACACACCGCACCAUCCCCAGAAUGCCAUGCAUCAGAAUAUACACGAGUUACAGCGCCUCGUGCAUGUGAGACUACUGAACUUGCGAUGCGAGCAGAGCUGAUGAGGCCCGCCCACCAUGUAUCUGUCAUUCACACAGACCCAGAGGCAUCCAACAAUAAUCCCAACGAGGAUGAUGCACCUGCAUCAUCCUCUCAUGCGAAGAAGCAUCCUCAUUCAAAGGAGCGUCCCACGCCAUAUCCGAUCGCAGGAGCUUUGAUUCCGAACCUUCGCAGAGGACCCCGAGCUUGGCGACAAGCGGUUGAACAGUGGGAUGAGGGUGUUCCAUCACAAGGGGUUCCUCCGUUGAAGGAUUGGCCGUCCGGUUGGUACACGGGAAGGAUGUGUUUGAUACAUGGUGCUAAAAGAGGAGAGCGUGAGAUGAUUGCUAAGGAAUACGAAAGGUGA